GAAAGAUAAGAGAAGAAACCUGUAAAAAGAUUUAAAAAUUAUCGAAUAACCUCAAAAAUCAGUUAGGUUACCAAAGAAUUAGCGAAAUUUAUUUAAAUAUUUUUAAAAAUGACCACUUUGAGACCGUUUUGCUGCGACGAUAUGUAUAAAUUCAAUAAUGUGAACUUAGACCCUCUUACAGAAACAUAUGGCCUUUCAUUUUAUAUGCAAUACUUAGCCCAUUGGCCGGAGUAUUUUCAAGUUGCCGAGUCUCCUUGUGGUGAAAUAAUGGGAUAUAUAAUGGGUAAAGCAGAGGGUUUAGGGGAAAACUGGCAUGGACAUGUUACAGCUCUAACAGUCUCUCCAGAUUACAGACGCUUGGGACUGGCAGCAUCCUUGAUUAAUUUUCUUGAAAAUAUAUCAGAGAAAAAAAGAUGUUACUUUGUUGAUCUAUUUGUUCGAGUGAGUAACAAAGUUGCCAUUAAUAUGUAUACAAAUUUAGGAUACAUAGUUUAUCGAACUGUGUUGGAGUAUUAUUCAGGUGAUCCCGAUGAAGAUGCUUAUGAUAUGAGAAAAGCGUGUUCUAGAGAUGUCAAACAGAAAUCAAUAAUACCUUUAACCCAUCCUGUGAGGCCUGAAGAAGUUGAAUAAUGUGAUCGAAACAAAAUUUGGGAAAAAAGAUUAAGUCAUCAUGCUAGGCUGUUGUAUGCAUUUGAAUGUAUCUAAAUAAUAAAUUAAAUUAUUUCUGUUGAAAGCUUC